UAUCAAUGUAUGUAGUAUUUGCCCUUCUAUCAGUGAAUUUCCGAGGAUAUAGCUCUAGAUAUACGAUUGUAUAUACAUCAAUGAUUUUCAAUUAUUUAAUGAGUGUUGCGGGACAGUACCUGAAUGCCUGAGCGUAAAGGGAGGUAAUAAUAUGGUGUUGCAGUUCGGAUAUAAAUCAACGCUUGCAUUUCUUCUUGUUUUUGUCUGUUGUCUUAUAAUCUUCUUUGCUUUUCAAACCGACACGAUGAAAAUAAUUGCUUCCGGAAAUCAAAAUGAACACGUGACUAAUUCUGACCAAUCAAAUGAGAACAAUAAAGAAUGUCCCAAUGUGUUGAAGUAUAUGACGUACGGACACUGGAAACCUCGGAUUGUAUCGCGAGAAGAGGUGCAGAAAAUGGAUGCAUUUUUAUUACGAGCAAGAAGCCAGCAUUUUCUACCCGCUAACUUACAGAGGCGGGAUGGAAAAUGUGGCAAUGUGUCCUUUGAAGAUAUUAGACUGAAGUGGUUCCGCCCCUUGUGUCAUCCAAAAGGUCCCACCCCGUGCUGUUAUAACAAUGUAUGCGCAAAUAAAAGUAUCGAGGAUUGUGUCUGUAAGGACUGUUAUGAUAUGAGGACCUCUAUCAAUGCUGAACAUGCCGACUGGAUUCCCAACCAUAAAUAUUGUCAAGUUCCAUCUAGAACUGCUCAUGAAUUAUGUGAUUUUGUGAAAGGAUCGAAGAUAUUUUUCAUGGGCGAUUCCUUCAUUAGACAUAUUUACCUAGCUUUUAUCCUAUUACUGAAAGACAAUUUAUUCGAUGGUGCAAUACGUCCUGGUACUUACAAAGGUCUCCAUGAUUCAUGUACUGGGCUAGAUAUGUUUACAGAGAAACAAUGUCGUAGUUUACUGGAUCAAUUCUCAACCUUAUGUAAUUCAACUGUGUAUUUAUAUUUUAACGAAUUUGCUUCCACUAAACAUGGAACACAAAUUCAACAAGUUAUGAACACCCACGCGAGAGAUCCAAAAGCAUAUUUUAUUGUUGGAACAGGCUUACACGACGGUUUUAAAAUUACACGAACGUGGAAUAAGAUAUUAUCGCCAGUUCUAAAUUUCUGGAAAACACAAGGAGUGGAUACCUCUAAGUUUUUGUGGCAUGCAAUGCACGCACCGGGGCUGUUGAAAACACCCUUUAAGCCAAGUCAACAUAGACAUAAUGUUAUAAAAUAUAACAAAGCAAUGAAGAAAUUAUUAACUGAGUAUAAUGUGCCAAUAUUUGAAACAUUUAAUUUAACAGACGGUGUUAAUAGUUUUGAUGGACCUCACUACGGACAAGGUGUCAAUUUAUUGAAAGCCAAAAUUAUUUUGGAAUUUUUCCGUGAACAAAGAUCAAAUAAAACGUUGUGACGUU